AUGUCGAAGGAAGUGAUUGAGCAGGUUGUCACCUAUCUUACACCAAAUGUUCCCAUUGUUCCUAUUUCGCAGGGGGCAGAGGCUUUUGUUUUCACGACAAAUGUGCAUCCAUACAAUGCAUCUGCAUGCAAGACUGCAGGUGAUAUCCCAGUGAAGUACAUCAUCAAAUACAGGCCUCCUAAAAAGUACAGGCAUCCGUCUAUUGAUAAAACCCUAACUAAGCACCGCACCUUAAGUGAAUCAAGAAUUCUGGCCAAACUUUCGCAAGUGCCCGGACUUCACGUCCCAAAACUUAUUGCAUGCGAUGUGUACAACGGGUGCAUAUGGAUAGAGUUUAUCGGCGAGGAUUUACCCGAAAGCCACGGCUUCAGUAAUCUCAAGAAUUUUUUAUGGAUGUACAAGACUGAUCCUUAUAACAUAGCUGUAGAAAAGGUCCUUUUCAAAGUUGGAGAGCAGAUUGGGCUUCUACACUGGAAUGACUAUUGCCAUGGGGAUCUUACCACUUCGAACCUCGUUUUGCACCAAGAAAAUGGUGAUUGGAGCCCCUACCUCAUAGACUUUGGGCUAGGUUCUGCGUCAACUCUUGUUGAAGACAAAGGCGUUGAUUUGUAUGUCUUGGAAAGGGCAAUAAUUAGCACCCACUCUAAGUUUGCAGAUAAGUACAAUGAGUGGAUUUUAAUGGGAUUCAAAAGCGUAUACGAAAAUGAAGGGAAGAAGGGGCAGCAAAAACUAAAAGAUGUGAUUAAAAGGUUUGAAGAGGUAAGGUUGCGUGGCAGGAAAAGAAGCAUGCUGGGUUAG